CCCAUCCCGUCGGGUCCGUUGCCGCCGAACGGCCGUAUUAUCGUCCACCGCCGUCGUCGUCGCGUUCGUCGUCGCCGCUUUCUCCGCGAUAUCAUGUGUCGUCCACUCACGUCUGAUCGGUCGCCGUCGCGGCCGUCGCCGUCAUCGCCGUUGCCGCCGGAAUGAUGACAAUAUAUAAUAAUUAUAAUUAUUAAAUUAGUGCGAUGGUCGCAGUCUCCUCCUCUACCGUUUCGCGCCAUUUCUGUGCCGCGCGCCACGAAACUGAUUUUGAAAGCUGAAAAUCGCAAUAAAAAUUUCCUCGCGUUUUUACUGCGUUCCACCGCAUUUCUCUUGCACCUUAAACGGUUUUCGAUUUUUAAUUUUUCGCGCCUCGCGAGUGUAACAAUCGCCGCCCGCUGCCCUCACCACCAUGGAGGCGGACCUCCGGAUUCUCUUGGUCGUUUGGAUACUGUCCACCAUGGGAGCGUCACCCGAACUGGCGUCUGAAGUUACUGUACCACUUGUUCCUGUAGACGCUGUGGAAGGAAGAUCUGUUAAAUUUCCUUGCGACGUGUCCUCCCCAAAUCCAGCAGACAAAGUGUACAUGGUAUUCUGGUUCAAAGAUGACUCCGGUGUACCACUAUACAGCUUUGACGUAAGAGGCAUGCCGUUGGAUCAAGCACACCAUUAUUCAGCGCCGAAUGUGUUCGGCAACCGUGCCUCCUUCCGGACAGUUACAGAUCCGGCAUGUCUAUUGGUGGAUGAAGUGCACCGGAACGAUGAGGGCGUGUAUAGAUGUCGUGUGGAUUUCCGAAAUUCCGCCACCAAGAGUUUCCGAUACAACUUGUCCGUCAUCGUGCCGCCCGAACAUCCGGUGGUGUUCGAUAGGUUGGGAAGGCAAUUGAACAUGACGGUCGGUCCACUCGACGAGGGCGACGGAAUUGCGCUCAUUUGUCGCGUCAUCGGUGGAAAUCCUCCACCAUCAGUCGUGUGGCUGAAAAACAACCAAGUGGUGGAUGACGAGUGCGAACAUGCCGCGAUAAACGCGAUGGAGAACAGGCUGCACUGGCCUUCUGUCAGUCGCCAGGACUUCGGUUCCGUGUUCACGUGUCGGGCAUCAAACACGAAGCUAAUGGAUCCCCGGCAAGCAUCAGUCGUGUUGAACCUUAGACUGCCACCUCUCACAGUAACAUUUUCUGCCAUCGACGAAGUUUUGGUAGCUGACCGGAGAUACGACAUCCAAUGCCAUUCUGCUGGAUCCAGACCACCAGCAUCGAUUACGUGGUAUAGAAAUGAUAAGAAGCUUCCAAAAAUGAAGCAAGAUGAUGUUAAAGAGAAUGUUACAUCUAGUGAGAUGACGUUUGUGCCUACGACAGAUGACAAUGGAAAGUCAAUAACCUGUAGAGCAGAAAAUCCUCAAGUACCUAAAAUGGCUCUCGAAGAAAAUUUUAUAUUAAAAGUCGUCUUCGCUCCGAUCGUUUCUCUCCGGCUUGGAAACUCGAUCGACCCGAACGGCAUCAAAGAGGGAGACGACGUGUACUUCGAUUGUCACGUGAAAGCCAACCCGCCAUCGACGAAGCUCACUUGGUAUCACAAUGGUGCCACGUUGAAUCUUAACUCGUCGACGAGAACAAUGAAAAGCGACAACAAUUUGGUUUUGCAGAGAGUGACCAGAAACGUUGCUGGCAGAUACGCUUGUCGAGCGACCAAUUCCGAAGGGGAAUCGUAUAGCAACGAACUAAGUCUACGCAUAAAAUAUGCACCGGGCUGCAAGACAGACCGGGUGAUGGUGAUCGGCGCGUCCCGGGGCGAAAGCAUGGACGUGCCGUGCGAGGUGGACGCCGAUCCGCCAGCCAAAGGGUUCCGGUGGAAGUUCAACAAUUCGGGCGAGACGAUCGACAUCGGUCCGGAACGGUACAUAUCCAACGGCACGUCCAGCGUGCUCCGGUACACACCCGUCGCCGACCUCGACUAUGGCACGCUGUCGUGUUGGGCAAUGAACGGAGUCGGCCACCAGUCCGUACCGUGCCUGUUUCAAAUGGUUGCCGCCGGUAAACCGCAGUCGGUGCACAACUGCACUGUCCGGAACAACACGGACGGCGCGGUGGACGUACAAUGCGAACCGGGCUACGACGGUGGACUCCAGCAGGUGUUCGUGCUGGAGGUGUUCGCCGAGAGCCUGGACAGCCAGACGGACGGCGAGAUUCUGUACCGGAACAUGACGGACCGGACGUCGCCGCGGUUUUCGCUGGGCAAGGUCGCGCUGGGCGUGCUGUACACGGCGCGCAUGUACGCGGCGAACGCCAAGGGAAAGUCCACUGCCGUCACUCUGCCCAGAUUUUCGUUUCCCAGCUCCGAGAACCAGAUGGGAUUUGGCGUCGAAGUGUUUAAAGUGUCACCAAAGGUGAUAACGAUAGUAAGCUCUUGCCUGUUGCUCAUCGUGCUAGUAACCAUCAUCAUCGUAAAACUGAAGACAGCGAACAGUAGAAAACGCAAUUCCCGGCAACCGACCGGUGGCGACAAACAAGUGAUUGUCCACCAGAGGAGUAACGGACAAGUAGCUUCAUCCAUUCUAGAAACGGAUACCGAUCCUGACCUGAUCCAAGUGAAAUACGAUCCGUCGGACGCGCCCAAACUGCGCAACGGCGGCGUACAGUUUUCGGACGACGCGCACGAUCCGUCGGUGGCCGGAUGGAUAGCCGCGAACGCAGCCGUCGCGCAAACGUCACAGCUGCCGUUGUCUUCGUCGUCGUCGUCGUCGACGGGUACGCUGCGCAGGGGAACCGCUGGCACGGCGAUCAACGACCGUCAACCGCCGCCGCCGCCGGUGGACGUGGCCCGUCGUUGGAACGACGUCACGCCAAAACCGUUUAGCUACACUCACCACCAUCAGCAGUCGCCGCCGCAGCCUCCGCACCACGUCCGCGUCCGACCGGACCCGAUCGAACUCGACGGGGCGGACAUCAAGGAGAAGCUGAUGAUGUCCAGCGGUCACAUACCCGAGAGCUGCGUGUGAACCGACGCGUCGCGCCCGACGUAUUGUACAUAAUAUAAUACAAUAUUAUUGUCGUAUGAUGUAUAUGUAAAAGAAGAGAAAAACAGGACCGUAUAUAUAUAUAUAUAUAUAAUAUUAUGAUACUAUACAGUAAAUCGCAUUUAAUUAUGAACGGUGAAAAAAAAAAACAGACAAAUGAUUUUUAGACCAGCGUGGGUCCAUGUAAACUUCGCGAAUUCCCGGACUUUUACCCUCUACGUGUAUUAUAAUAAUAAUAAUAAUAAUAAUAUUAUCUUAAAACUUUAUCCCAGUCGCGUAUUAGACCGAUUUAUCGCUUCCAACCCUACUAUAUAAUGAUAAUAUUAUUGUGUAGGUACAUUUUUAAUAAUAAUGAUACUUGAAAAUAAAUUUAACAAUAUAGGUAUAAUAGCUGUAUUGAUCUAGUGUAAUAUAAUAUUGUGUAUAGGUAGUCGUUCGGAGCACCGUAGUCGAGUUUGUGUAUUAUCAUAAAAUAUUAUAUAAUGUGUUAAGAUUAAACAUGGGGCCGUCGACGAUCAUUGACCCGCGCCAAUAAGUUAUAAUAGUAAAAACGUAUAAGAGAGAAUCGAUUAUAUCAUAGAUAGCUUCGUCCCCCGCAUGUAUUUCGAGCGUCUCGCGCUCAUUUAAAUAAUAUUUCGUACUUUUGUUCCUCGUCGUCGUUUUUGCUGAUUAUAAUAAUACUAUAAUAUAGCCAAACAUAUAUAAUUAGGUCGAAUUCUACAUAUAAUUUAUACUGUUUUAAUAAAUAAAAAAAAAAUUUUAAAAAAACUUGAUUUAGUGUAAUCCUGUUAUGCAUUAAUAUAACAGAUUGUGUAUAUUUAAACGUUACCUUUUAUCCU